AUGUGGUCUCCAACAACACUCUCACUCGAAUGUGCCGCUGAAUACGACGGUUUCGGCGUUCGAGUCUCAUUUCCCCUGGAGAACAACGCUCAACAUACUACCUUUCUUGUGCCAUUUCUCGUGCUAUCCACUCUUGCCCAUGGCUCACUGUGGUCGUGGCGAUUCUUGAUGUUUCGGAGGUUCAAAUCGGCCGCCAUGCCGAUUGCAAUGAACUCCAGCGCGGUCAUCAGUGCAGCUUGCCAUCCACCCUCAGACGAUGUUGAUGCCGCGGAGAAGCCUGUGAUGUGGGGACAGGCUGAAACGGAAAUUGCGAGUCUUCGUACGUUCCUUGGGCUGGUGUCGCGGAGAUCGAGACAAGAUGCUGCCGUACUACCUUCACGUCGAAAGACGUUGCCGAGCCAAGUCCUCAAUUUGUGUACUACAAGAAUAUAA